AUGUAUAAAAUGGAAUAUUCUUACCUCAAUUCCUCUGCCUACGAGUCCUGUAUGGCUGGCAUGGACACCUCCAGCCUGGCUUCAGCCUAUGCAGACUUCAGUUCCUGCAGCCAGGCCAGUGGCUUCCAGUAUAACCCGAUCAGGACCACUUUUGGGGCCACGUCCGGCUGCCCGUCCCUCACGCCGGGAUCCUGCAGCCUCGGCACCCUCAGGGACCACCAGAGCAGUCCGUACGCCGCAGUUCCUUACAAACUCUUCACCGACCACGGCGGCCUCAACGAGAAGCGCAAGCAGAGGCGCAUUCGCACCACGUUCACGAGCGCGCAGCUCAAAGAGCUGGAGAGGGUCUUCGCGGAGACGCACUACCCUGACAUCUACACCCGGGAGGAGCUGGCCCUGAAGAUCGACCUCACUGAGGCGCGCGUCCAGGUGUGGUUCCAGAACCGCCGCGCCAAGUUCCGCAAGCAGGAGCGCGCCGCAGCGGCCGCGGCGGCCGCGGCCAAGAACGGCUCCUCGGGAAAGAAGUCUGACUCUGCCCGGGACGACGAGAGCAAGGAGGCCAAAAGCACCGACCCGGACAGCACUGGGGGCCCGGGCCCCAACCCCAACCCCACUCCCAGCUGCGGGGCGAGUGGCGGCGGCGGCGGCGGGCCCAGCCCGGCAGGCGGCCCGGGGGCGGGGGGGCCCGGGGGCCCGGGAGGCGAACCCGGCAAGGGCGGCGCGGCGGCGGCGGCGGCGGCGGCAGCGGCAGCGGCUGCGGCGGCGGCGGCGGCGGCGGCCGGAGGCCUGGCAGCGGCCGGGGGCCCUGGACAAGGCUGGGCUCCCGGCCCCGGCCCCAUCACCUCCAUCCCGGAUUCCCUCGGGGGGCCCUUCGCCAGCGUCCUAUCUUCGCUCCAAAGACCCAACGGUGCCAAAGCCGCCUUGGUGAAGAGCAGUAUGUUCUGA